CAGCCGAACGAUGCGAAUCGUAUAACGUGUCUCUUGAAAUAAUUUUUUUAAAAUCGAAUAAUAUAUAUAUCCUUAACGACAAAAUUGUUUUCUUGAUCAUUUUAUUAUUUAAAUUAUAGUGCAAAAUGUAUUCUAAUUCGAAGAAUGUUAACGAUGGAGAUGAUACUAGCACAAUUUUAAGUUCGUCCCCUCUCGACAAGCCAAAACUAAUGCACGGUGGAAAUUACAUAAAAGAAGGAAAAGAUUCGGCUAAGAGUACUUGUCUAAUAUUUUCACCUAAAGAGGAUGAUAAAGUUGGAGCAUUAGGAAAAUAUCUUCAAUUAUUUGCCAAAUAUGAAAUCAAUCUUUUACACAUCGAAUCGAGAAGUUCGCGUCGUGUUAAUGGUUACGAAUUUAUGGUGGAAUGUGCACCCAGUUUAAACCUUGGAUCGGUCAUCGAAGAUCUUCGAGUACAAUGCAAAUACUUUUCUAUUAUUUCUAGGAAUCAUAAGGAUAAUAUGGACACAGUACCAUGGUUUCCUAGAAGGAUUAGAGAUCUCGAUAAAUUCGCCAAUCAGAUUCUUUCUUAUGGAUCGGAACUUGACAGCGAUCAUCCUGGAUUUACUGAUCCUGUUUAUCGACAAAGAAGAAAAUAUUUUGCUGACUUGGCAUAUCAUUACAAACAUGGUCAACCAAUACCAAAAGUAGAAUACACGCCGGAAGAAAUUGCUACGUGGGGUAUAGUUUUUCGAAAUUUGACGAAACUUUAUCCAAAAUAUGCAUGCAGAGAACACAAUCACGUGUUUCCACUUUUCAUAGAAAAUUGUGGAUACAGGGAAGACAAUAUUCCUCAACUCGAUGAUAUAUCUAAUUUUUUGAAAGAUUGUACCGGCUUUACACUACGUCCGGUAGCAGGUCUACUUUCUUCUCGUGAUUUUUUAGCAGGCUUGGCCUUCAGAGUAUUUCAUAGUACGCAAUACAUCAGACACAGUAGUAAACCCUUGUACACUCCGGAACCAGAUAUUUGUCACGAAAUAUUGGGUCAUGCACCACUUUUUGCCGAUCCCGCUUUUGCACAAUUUUCGCAAGUCGUUGGUUUGGCAUCUCUCGGUGCACCUGACGAAUAUAUCGAGAAACUUGCUACGUGUUUCUGGUUCACUGUAGAAUAUGGUAUAUGCCGACAAAAUGGCGAAUUGAAAGCUUAUGGUGCCGGUCUGUUGUCGUCAUUUGGCGAAUUAGAAUAUUGUUUAAGUGGAAAACCAGAGUUACGUCCUUUCGAUCCAGUCAACACGUCAUUACAAAAAUAUCCGAUAACGGAAUAUCAACCGGUAUACUUCGUUACGGAGGGUUUCGAUGAUGCCAAAGAAAAAAUGAUUAAAUUUGCACAAACUAUACCAAGAAAGUUUGGAGUCAGAUACGAUCCUUACACGCAAACAAUCAACAUCAUAGACAGCAAACAUCAAAUAGAAGAUUUGAUUCAUAACGUCAAUCAAGAGGUUCAAAUUUUGAUGGAAGCAUUGAGCAAGUUAAAGGAAUAAACGUCAAAUAUUUUUUUGUACUAUUUUCUAGUUUUUAUAAGAUAAACUUUAUUAAUUAGGAGAAGGGAGGGGGGGGGCAGGGAAAGUUAGAGAUUAGACGUUCAUAAGAAAAAAUUGAAAUGUUAUUAGAAUUAUGUAUUUUGUAAUGAUCACCUGUCAUACCGUACUAACAUAUUUUUUAAUUAGGUAACGUUAAACAAUCAAUCCUUUCAUUCGCAAUGACAUCGAACAAUCAUUAAGAACGAUCGUAAAUAUUUUACCGUCAUUUUGUACAAUCCGUUAAUAUUAUAUGAAAUAACCAGCUAUUAUAUCUAAUAUAUAACUAUAAUCAAUCAAAAAUAAAGUAUAAAAUAAGACAGAAUCACAUACUUAUCAGGGCUGCGUCAAUGUUGCAUUAGAGAGUUUCUAGUAAAAAAUAGAUUUUUAAGAAAGAUUUUUGAGUAAAGUUAAUUGAAAAAUUGAAAGUUUUAUCAAUGAAAUACAAGAAGUUUGUGGAAGAUGUAAAAUGUGUUAAUGUUUCUGUACGAAAGAAAUCAAUAUGAUAUAAAAAGUUAAAAAAU